GGGAGAAUGCAGGCACGGAUACAUACCAUGGAACAGACCUUGUUCCCCAGAGUUUGGUAAAGUGGUUAUAUUAGGGCGUCGCCAGCUCUGGUCAAGCUUUCAACCUCUGUCCCUUCCGUCUUGGCUGCAUCGACGAAUAUCCUUGGCUGCCCCCACAAACUUCCUUGGCGAAACAACGAACAGCCCCCACACCUUCGCCUUUCCCAAGGCGUCUCGUCAACCAUGGCAGACCAUCGCGAUGAGGUGCCAUCAGCAACCGACUUCGACAAGACGGAUGUAGAGCACAAAGAAAUGACUCGGAUCGCCACCGACGAUGACGACGAGGCCCCGGAGGCGCAGGGUGUCGAUUUCGAGGCCAUUGAUCCCAAGUAUUGGCGCUCUUUCAGGUUCCUCGGCUCGGUCGCCAGUAUCAUCCUCAUCACCAUCUCUCUCUACAUUGGGUUCGCUCUGCCAGCAAGUUGCUUGCAGGUUAUCAAUGAAGACCUCGGUCCUUCACCCAUUUACAGCUUCAUCACGACUGCUGCGACUAUGGUGUCAGGAAUCCUGCUCCUGCUGGUUGGCCGCUUGGGAGAUAUCAUUGGUCGACGCUACUUCCUCAUCGGCGGACAGCUCUGCGGCUUCAUUGCAUCCGUCCUCUCGGCCAAGGCCACCUCGAUCAACAUGUUGAUCGCGGGAUCCGUCAUUCUGGGAUUGGCCAACACAUCCCAGCUUACCUUCCCCUUCGUCAUCCAAGAACUCGUCCCAAACAAGCAUCGAGGCUACGCCCAGGCUGUCAUGAUCUUCUGUGUCGUGCCUUUUGCAGGAUUCGGGCCGGUUAUUGCACGAAGCCUCAUCGAGAACACUGAGCUUGGCUGGCGAUGGGUUUACUGGAUGAAUGCUAUCGUGUGUGGUGUAUCAUUCAUCCUGUUGUGCUUCUGCUACUUCCCGCCAAACAUGCACCAGUUGCACUCCAGGUUGACUUGGAUCAAGGAACUCAAGCAAUUUGACUACGGUGGGAUCAUCCUGUAUGCCUCAGGGCAGUGUUUGAUCCUCCUGGCUCUUGCCUGGGGUGGUGCUGCAUACCCUUGGGCCAGUGCUCAUAUCCUUGCACCUCUAAUUCUAGGUUGUUUCCUCCUCAUUGCCUUUGGUUUCUACGAGGUCUAUAUGCCUCUAAAGCAGCCCAUUCUACCAACCAAAAUCCUCAGAAACACAAACUAUGUCGCCAUUGUCGUUCUUGCUGCUGUUGGACAGAUGGCAUUUUUCUGCAUGUCUAUCCUUUGGCCACAGCAGAUCGCAGCUCUGUACAGCACUGACAAUGCCACGAUUGGAUGGAUGUCGUGCACUUCCGGCCUCGCCCUGGCUAUCGGAGAGAUCAUCCAGGGACCUCUCCUCAAACCUUUGGGCCACUCCAGGAUUCAACUAAUCAUAUCUGCGGUUGCCAUGACCACCUUCUCCGGCGCAAUGGCUGCCACGACUCAGCACACCAAGGGCAUGGCUAUUGCUUUUUCAAUCCUGACGGGAUAUUUUUGCGGGUGGCUUGAACUUGUCGCCCUAGUUGCCAACGGCCUAGUCAACGACCCAUCUGAUCUCGGCCUCGCCAAUGGAUUUCUAGGUUCCGUACGGAACACAGCUGCCUCUGUAUCCGUGAGCAUCUACGUCGCCAUCCUCGACCGCCGUCUCGCCGUCACCAUUCCUCACGACGUUGCGGAAGCCGCCGUGUCAGCCGGACUACCCUCUGGCUCCGUCCCCGACGUGCUCACGGCUAUCACCAACGGCACAGCAGCUGCGAUGAGCGCCGUCCCCGGGAUCAACGGCGCCAUCGAGGCAGCCGUAACGAACGGUCUCAAGACUGCUUAUGCCGCCAGCUUCAGCACUGUCUACCUCGCCUCGAUUGGCUUUGGCGGCAUCGCAAUAAUCGCUAGCCUCUUCACCAAAGAUAUCGACAAGCAUUUGACCAACUUUGUCAGCAGGAGGAUUAAUGGCACUGUUGCCACAGAGAUGCCUGCAGAUGUUAAGGAGAAGCUGGACAGUAUGUCCGGGGUUUAG